GGAAGUUCGUCUAUGCUGAAUCGAAAUGAACGAUGGUAUUCUCCAAAACAGUGUAAAGUUUGAAGCCCUUCCCUGCGGAAAUCAUCAGAUUUGAACUCCGAUAUCUACGGUACUACAAGGAUGGGGCCAGGGAUCAAAGAUUCCCACUCCCACAGGGGCAGAGAAAGAAGUCUGAGCUAUAGUCCAGACCGUAGAUCCAGUAAGAAGUCAAGAAGGGAGGAAUCAAGGUAUCGCCGAAGUAGAUCUCGUUCUCGAAGCCGGUCAAGGUCAGAAUCAAGGGAUAGGUAUAAAUCUAGUAGGUCUAGGAACAGAUCUAGGUCCAGGUCCAGAGAAAGGAGGCGCAGCAGGGACAGGAGAAGGUCCUACUCCUCAGAAAGCGAUAGGUCGGACAGUCGAAGCAGUUCUCGGGAAUCAAGAUCACCAUCGAGGGAGAGGCACAGGAGAGAUAGCCCUGGAGAGUACUCUGGCAGAAACAGAUCCCCACCCCAAAGGACACACUCAGAUGAUUAUAGCAGAGACAGAAGAGACUCAAGCAGGGGUGGAGGUAGACGAAAGCCAUCUAGAUUUGGCUUAGGUUUUAAUAGAGAACAGUUUGAAAAAGACCUCAAUUCAAAGAUUGCAAAGUACAGGGAAGACAUCAAGCAGAAUGGAGAUCAAAGUGAUCGGAGGGCGAAUCAGAAUGGACACAAACGCAGACAUGACGACAACAGUGAUCAGCUUAAUCUUUUCUUUGAGAGGAGAGCGCAAGAACGUGAGAAGAUAUCAGCCAUUGGAGUGCUUGAGGUCUGGGGUGCAUCACCAGAAAAACCAGAAGAAGAUUCUGAUGCUGGAGCGGAAGAAGAAGAAGUUGAAGAGGAAGGUUCGGAGAGCAGUGAAAGUGAGACUGAUAGUGAAGAGGAGAGAAGAAGAAGGAGAAAGGAGAGAAAAAGAAAGAGGAGAGCAAAGGAAAAGAAAAAGAAGAAAAAGUCAAAGAAGAGUAAGAAGUCUCGUAAGAAGAAGAAAGUGAGUAGCGAUGACGACGACUCAGAUUCAGAAGAUUCUGAUGAAGCGGAAGACGAAGAGGAACAGUGGGUUGAAAUUUCUAAAAAGAGACAAGGUGAUAACGAGUUGAUUGGUCCUAUGCCAGCUAACACAGGCAUGUCAUCAUCAGGAUACAUGGAUUUUGGUAAGGCUCUGCUGCCUGGUGAAGGUGCCGCUAUGGCUGCGUUUGUCCAGGAUGGCAAGAGAAUCCCUCGUCGUGGUGAGAUCGGUCUUACUAGUGAUGAAAUCUCAAGCUUUGAGGAUGUUGGCUACGUCAUGAGCGGUAGCAGACAUCGACGUAUGGAAGCCGUCCGUCUGAGGAAGGAAAACCAGAUCUACAGUGCGGACGAGAAGAGGGCGCUUCAAUCAUUCAACAAGGAGGAGCGUGGGAAGAGGGAGACCAAAAUCCUCUCGGACUUCAGGGAGAUGGUGCACAAGAAGAUUAAGAGCAAGCCAAUGUAGAGAUGUUGAAUAGGACAGUCAAUAAGGCUGCAUUUAACCAGAACAUUUGAAGUGCCAUACUUAAUUCAAUCUUCUACAAUUUGGCAUCAAUGCAUGCAUGCCGCUUCAUACCCAGGAGGCACAAUGGAAACGUAGAAUUGGAUUGAUAAUUACACUGUACUUUGGAAAUGAAUGAAAUUUCUAUGACGGUAUCUUCAAUGCCAAUAUCCUGUAUCUAGGUAUUAUUGUAUAGUUGCCACUGCAUACCCAUGAGAUAUAACUUGGCAUCAAUGAUGCUGACAAGUGUAGGUGUCUGCGUGUUGCCAUAUUUCCAUAGUCAAAAUGAUUUCUCAUAGGGUUUGAAUGAAUUGUGCUUGACUCCAUUUUUGAGCACUGAUCUCUUACGGAUAGGCACUAUUGUAUAGUUGGCUCUUCAUACCCAGGAGAUGUAAAUUGAGAUAUCAUGAUGUUUACAACAAUGUUGGAUACCUCAUGUUGCCAUAUUGCCAUAAUCAAGAUGUUUUCUUGUGAGAUGUGAAUGAACUUUGAUUGACUUCAUCUUUAACACUGAUCUCUCGUGACAAAGCGUGACAAGGCAUUAUGUCAUAGUUGCCUCGUCAUACCCAGGAGAUGUGAAUGGGGACAUAGAAUGUUGAUGUCAAUGUAGGCUACAGUAUGUUGUCAUUCUGCCAUACUUGGGAUGAUUUCUCAUUAAGGUUUGAAAUAAGUAACUUUAUUUGACUCCAUCUUUAGCACAGAUCACUAAGUUCAUCUCUUAUCACUAGGCAUUAUUGUAUAGUUGCCAUUUUAUAUCCAGGAUAUCAAAUGAAGACCUAUGAUGCUGAUAUUGAUGUGCUGAGUGUAGCCAUUUUGACCAGUACCGGCGUUAGAGAAGUGUUGGUGCUAACAGAACACUUACAUCAGGCAUAGUCACAUAUUUUGGAUUGUGAUUUCAAUUGUUGAUGUGUGAUGUGAAUAAUGCAUUGUUGUGACAUCGGGGGCCCUUUUCAUAAUGGACUUACAACUAACUUACUUUGCCAUUAUGGUAACUAUCAUAGUAACAGGGCUCAGCAGCCAAUCAUAAUCAAGGUUUCCAUGGCAAACUUACCAUAGUUUUAAUGCUUUAUGAAACAGGCCCCAGGCAUUGCUGCGACAUUAGGGGUUGUAACAGGGCACAUAUUAAUGCAUUCUUAGUGCUAACAA